UAAUCUACAAUGGCGAUUGCCAGUCCUCCAGACUGGUCACUUGCUUGCAUAAACUGCAGCAAAAAAUCAUACAAACCCACCUUCAAUUCAACCUGCACAGCCCUUCCCAUUCUCUCUCUUCUACUCUCAAAUUCACGAGUUUUAAUAGCAAGAUCCUCCAGUUGCUCAUCACCAGUGUUAGAAGAUGCACCCAACGAUCCACCCAUGGUCCAAUUGGAUCUAAAGUUUCAAGAUCUUCGUCUUUCUUCGAUCCCCGAAAGCAAGGAUUUAAAUGGGUUCAUAUCCACUUUGCUCAAAGAUCCACAAACCGAAGAGCUCGCAUUUGAAUACUAUGAGAAAGCGAAGGAAAAAACCGAGUUUAGACCUCAGAAAUCAACUUUAAAGCAUCUGAUCAGGUACUUGAUAAGUUCGAAGGACUGGAGUUCAAUAUUGUCAGUGACUCAGGAUUUUGAAAAUUUCAAAGUACUGCCUGAUAGCUCUACAUGUUGUAGAUUAAUUAGUAGCUGCAUUAAAGCUAGAAAAUUCAAACUUGUACAUACCCUGCUUGAAGUUUUUAAAUAUGAUACAGAAAUUGCUGUUUUAGCAUUUGAUUCAGCAAUGAAAGGCUAUAACAAGCUUCACAUGUAUAGUAGCACGAUUGGUUUGUAUGAAAAUAUGAAAUCUGCUUGCGUUUUUUCCAACCCCGGAUGUUAUUGCAAGGUAAUGGAAGCAUAUCUCAAAGUGGGAAAUAAUGAGAGAGUUGUUUCAUUGUUUCAAGAAUUUGAAAAUAGAAGAAUAGUUUCUAGUUCUACAGAAUUUCUUAGUGAAAUUUAUUGGAUGUUGUGUGAGUCACUAGGGAGAUCAGGGAAACCUUAUGAAGCCCUUGAGUUCUUCAGAGAAAUGACACAGAAGGGUGUUCCUGAGAAUCCUUCAUUUUACUCUUCCUUGAUUUGUUCAUUUGCAAGCACUCGAGAAGUCAAAAUGGCGGAAGAGCUUUUAAAAGAAGCAGAAAAGAAUAAAAUGUUGAAGGAUCCGGCUGUGUUUUUGAAGCUUGUAUUGUUGUAUGUUGAAGAAGGGUUGAUGGAAAAAACUCUUGAAAUUGUUGCAGUUAUGAAACGAGUGAAGAGCAGAGUUUCUGAUUGCAUUUUCUGUGCAAUUGUUAAUGGCUUCUCUAAAAGAAGAGGGGUUAGAGCUACAAUUAAGGUUUAUGAGGAGUUGCUCUUGCAGGGUUGUGAUCCGGGCCAAGUUACAUACGCCUCAAUUCUAAAUGUAUACUGUCGAAUUGGGCAAUAUUCAAAAGCCGAGUUGGUGUUUUCUGAGAUGGAACAAAAGGGGUUUGAUAAAUGUGUCGUGGCUUAUUCUAGCAUGGUUGCAAUGUAUGGAAAAACAGGUAGGUUGAGAGAUGCAAUAAGACUCGUAGCUAAGAUGAAAGAAAGAGGUUGUCAGCCUAAUGUUUGGAUUUAUAAUUCUCUAUUGGACAUGAAUGGGAAGGUCUUGAACUUAAAGCAGGUGGAGAAGAUAUGGAAGGAGAUGAAGAGAAGGAAGGUUGUGCCUGAUAAAGUUAGUUAUACCAGUGUUAUAAGUGCUUAUAGUAAGGCAAGGGAGUUUGACCUGUGUGUGAAACAUUACCAGGAGUUCAGGCUUAAUGGUGGAGUGAUUGAUAGGGCAAUGGCUGGAAUCAUGGUUGGGGUGUUCUCGAAAAUGAAUAGAGUCGAUGAGUUGGUUAAGCUUUUGCGAGACAUGAAAAUGGAAGGGUCUCAGUUAGAUGGGAGGCUUUAUAGGUCAGCUUUGAAUGCUUUGAGAGAUGCUGGGCUGUUAGUCCAGGCAAAAUGGUUGCAGGACAGCUUUCAUGCAACCUGACUUACAUAUUGACUGCCAAUGGGUAGCUAAAAGAGGGUUUUGUGUCUGUCAAAACGGUUGGAAAAAAAAAAAGGUUUCGAUUGGGAUAGCCUGUAGAGAGUACCCUGGGAAAUGCCUAUGUAAUUAUUCUGUAAUUGCAUUGUAUGACAUUUCAUGACCAAUUAAGCCUGUGGCAGAAAAUACACGUUCUAGCUAUACUGGAUUGUUUGUCCAUGAAGUGAACAAGGGGUGGUUAAAACGCAGAUGUCUUCAAAUAUUGGGAAAAGGAUGCCUACCACGUACUUUUCUGAGACUCUUGUCUGUGUGGUAGUCUUGUGUGCCAGUUCCGAAUCGAUUGUUUGAUGCCCAGGAAGGCCCCUCCACUCAUGAAACCGUUCCCAAUCCGUCCCCAGGCCGGCUUGCAGACCCCUCUGAACAGCUCGAGCAAUCAAUAGAUAGCCAACCGGCUGUGUCUGCGUGUGUUUAUCUAUAUUCUCCUCCUCAUGCAAGGCAUGCUGGUUAGUGCCCUACUUUGUGAAGUCAUGAUUUUUUUUUUCUCACUAAUGUAAGUGCAUUUGAAUGGAAACGAUUCAAUAAUUUGACUGUACUAAGUUGUAUAAUAUUAUAAAGAUAAUCCUUAGUUGUGUGAU